AUGGCGUCCACGUCUCGGUGGAGUAAAUUUGUGCUGCUGCUGUGGAAAAACUGGAUCAUUCAGAAGCGCCACUACAUCCAGACGCUGUUCGAAAUCCUGAUACCGGUGCUGUGCUGUGCCAUACUGAUCGUAGUCCGAGGUCUAGUCGAUCCUGAUCAGGUGGCCGAGCCGACCGUGUUCGAUCGGUUGGGCAUCGGGACGAUUGGAAAUUUCGAUACGAUCCCACCGGUCACGUUUAGUGUUGCGUUUUCACCAAAGAACGAGUUCCUCGGGCAGUUCCUCGGAGAUACCUUCACACAGGAGGUCCUCAGUAGUCGGCCGAUCACGUUGGUGCCGGUGGACAAUGCCCGCGAGCUGGAAAGCCUGCUGAUGCAACAGAACUUCAUCGCCGGUAUCGAGUUUCCCGACAGCUACAAGAACAGAACCGAUCUUCCAGAGCGCCUCGAGUAUGCGUUGCGUUUUCCGUCCGAGUUGCGCUGGAGCGGCUGGACGUUUGGUAAUUGGCGCACCAACUUUAUGGUGGUGCCCUUCGUGCAGGGUCUCCGCAAUCCGAAUCAAACGGACGGUGGUAGUCCUAGCUAUUUGCGUGAAGGUUUUCUUACGCUGCAGGCGGCCAUAGCACGUACCUUCAUCCGCCGACAACGAACGGGCUAUCAACUGCCGCAGGUUAAUCUGAGGCGCUAUCCGUACCCACCGUACUACGACGAUGUGGUGCUGUUGGCGAUGGAACGGCUGCUGCCGAUGAUCAUUCUGAUCUCGUUCUUCUACACCUGCAUCAAUACGGUCAAGUUCAUCACGAUCGAGAAGGAGAAGCAGCUGAAGGAAGCCAUGAAGAUCAUGGGUCUCCCGAAUUGGCUCCACUGGACGGCGUGGUUCGUGCGGUGUUUGGUGCUGCUGCUGAUCACUAUUUCGCUGCUCGUCUUUCUGAUAAGUGCCAACCUUACACCAAACACCGACCUGUCCGUGAUCGAGUACGCCGACUGGAGCGUGCUGUGGUUCUUCUUUCUCACCUUCGUGCUGGUGACGAUCUGCUUUUGCUUCAUGAUGAGUGUCUUCUUCAACAAAGCCAACACUGCGGCCGGAAUCGCGGGGCUGCUGUGGUUCGUAUUUGCGAUCCCUUUCAAUGUCACCGUGCAAAAUUACGACGAGAUGGAAAUGGGCACGAAGAUUGCGUCCAGCUUGCUCUCCAAUACGGCCAUGUCGUUCGGCAUCAUGAACAUCAUUCGCCUCGAAGCGACCCAGGUGGGCCUACAGUGGAGCAAUCUUUUCUCGGCCCCUUCGAUGGGCGAUGAUUUUAGCGUGGGGCUGGUCAUGGUGAUGUUCCUGGUCGAUGCCCUGCUGUACCUGGGCAUUGCGCUCUACUUCGAGCAGGUCAUGCCCGGUGAGUUUGGUGUGGCCAAACCGUGGUACUUUCUGUUUACGCGCGACUUUUGGAAACGGAACCGCAUCGAGGACUCGUCGAUGGUCGGUGUAUCGAAACAGGAAGAGUCACCGUACUUUGAGCAGGAACCGACCAUCGAGCGAAUCGGAGUCCGUAUCAUGGACCUGCGGAAGGUGUACGGUAAAAAGGUGGCGGUCGAGGGACUAAAUCUAAACAUGUACGAAGGACAAAUUACGGUUCUACUCGGCCAUAAUGGAGCGGGGAAGACGACCACGAUGUCCAUGCUGACCGGCAUGUUCUCACCGAGCUCCGGCACGGCACUGGUCAAUGGGUACGACAUUCGGAAGGACAUCGAAGGAGUGCGCUUCUCGCUUGGCCUCUGUCCACAGCAUAACGUGCUGUUCAACGAGCUAACCGUGGCGGAACAUUUGAAGUUCUUCGCGCAACUCAAGGGCGUCCCGAGUGAUAAGACGACCAGCGAGAUCGACAAGUACGUGAACCUGCUCGAGUUGGUCGAAAAGCGAAACGCCCAAUCGCAUACUCUCUCGGGCGGAAUGAAGCGUAAGCUUGGCGUCGGCAUUGCGCUGUGUGGCGGCUCUAAGGUGGUGCUGCUCGAUGAACCCACGUCCGGGAUGGAUCCGUCGGCUCGCCGUGCCCUGUGGGAUUUGAUCCAACGGGAAAAGGUAGGCCGUAGUGUGAUCCUAUCGACGCACUUCAUGGACGAAGCGGACGUGCUGGGCGAUCGGAUUGCCAUCAUGGCCGAGGGCAAGCUGCGCGCGAUCGGUUCACCGUUUUUCCUGAAGAAAACCCUCGGUGCCGGCUAUCGGUUGAUUUGCGUGAAGGAACCGCACUGCGAUAAGCAGCGCGUCCUGUCGCUGCUGAGGAAGUUUAUCGGGGACGUACACAUCGAGACAGACAUCGGGACGGAGCUGUCGUUCGUGUUGCGCGAGGAGUACCUUCCGGUGUUCCAGCGGAUGCUGGAGGAGCUCGAGGAGCAGAUGACCGCUUGCGGAGUGUCCAGUUAUGGCAUUUCGCUCACCACGAUGGAGGAAGUGUUUUUACGUGCUGGAAGUGAUUCCCACCAAACGGAAGAGUUGUCUCCGGAUAUGAAAACGAACGGAUACGUUGACAUCAGCGACAGUGACAGUUACUCGCUGGAAGGGCUUCGCCUGCAUACUGGCUCGAGGCGCUUGUUCUACCAAAUCUAUGCCCAGUUUUACAAGAAACUGCUCACCACCGUCCGUAGUUGGAUUACGCUUACGCUACAAUUUUUAAUCCCCGUGCUGUUUGUGCUGAUGUCGUACCUUAUCUUCCUGAAUGGCAACUCCGGUCGCGAUCUGCCAGAGUUGGACAUCAACUUUGAUCGUUAUACCACUUCGCUCACGGUGCUAGAAGUGGGGUCCGGUUCGGAGGCCGUUGGUGAUCGAUACCGAGAGCUGUUUCGUGGUAAACCAGCGGCCCAUCAGCUCGACGUGAUCGAUAGUGACAUGAUUUCGCAUAUUCUGGAAACGACUUCGCAGGACAUUCCCUCUUUCAACACACGAUACUGGGUCGGAGCGACCCUUGGAUCCGCUGAGUGUACCGCUUGGUUCAACAAUAAGGCGUACCACAGUGCCCCACUGUCCGUCAGUCUGAUCUACAAUGCGCUGCUCCAGUCCGUGUGUCCGUCGUGUGAGCUUCGCGUCAGCAACAAACCGUUACCGUACCGUUUGGACACUCAGCUAAGGCGCCUCGAAACGGGUGCCAAUGCUGGCUUCCAGAUGGCGUUUAACACCGGCUUUGCGAUGGCCUUCGUGUCCGCGCUGUUCAUCCUGUUCUACAUCAAGGAGCGCACGACCCGCGCCAAGUUGCUGCAGUUCGUGAGCGGCGUCAAUGUGGCCCUCUUCUGGACCAUCUCGUUCCUGUGGGACUAUCUGGUGUUUGUUGUUGCGUCGCUGUUCUACGUCGUCACGCUCGCCAUCAUCCAGCAGGACGGUUGGUCCACGUUCGAUCAGCUCGGCCGGGUGUUUCUGGUUCUGCUGUUCUACGCCUUCGCCAGCCUACCGGUGACGUACCUGUUUGCGUACCUGUUUCACGUGCCGGCGACGGGUUUCGUCAAAAUGAUGCUCCUGAACGUGCUGUCGGGCACGAUCUUCUUCACGGCCGUGUCGUUGCUUCGCUUCGAAGACAUUGACCUGGACGACGUGGCGGACGUGCUCGAGUGGAUCUUUAUGUUCUUCCCGAGCUUCGUCCUGACGCAGAGUAUGAACGCACUGAACCAGGUCGGCAGCCGGGAGGCACUGUGCGAACGUGCCUGCGAGCAGAUCACGAUCUGUACCGAGGAGCUCAAGUGUCUGCUUGUUCCCGAGUGCUGCGGUACGAGUACCUUCACGUUCGACACAACCACCGGCAUCAACCGAAGUUUGCUGUUUUUCACCGGCAUCGGCGUUGCCUGCUUUGCGCUGAUCAUGAUCGUGGACUAUCGGCUGCUGAAGAAGAUCUUCGGACGAAGCGCGACCAGCCAGACCGAAGACCCGUCGAACGAGGUGGAUUCGGAUGUGCUCGAGGAGAAGCGGCGCAUCGAGAAGUGUGAUGCGGCUGAACUGGCCUCGUACAAUUUGGUGCUGAAGGAGCUGUCGAAAAGCUACGGCAAGUUUGUGGCGGUCAACAAGCUUUCGGUGGGCGUACGGCACUCGGAGUGCUUCGGACUGCUCGGCAUCAAUGGGGCCGGCAAGACGUCGACGUUCAAGAUGAUGACCGGCGAUGAGAACAUCACCUCGGGUGACGCCUGGGUAAGCGGGAUCAAUCUGCGCACCGACAUGAACCGGGUGCACCAGCACAUUGGCUACUGUCCGCAGUUCGAUGCACUGCUCGAGGAGCUGACGGGCCGAGAAACGUUGCACAUCUUCGCUCUGAUGCGCGGAGUCGAUCGAGCGGAGAUCAACGGAGUGUCGCUAACGCUUGCCGAGGAGCUAAACUUUGUGAAGCAUCUGGACAAGCGGACCAAAGCGUACAGUGGGGGUAACAAGCGGAAGCUUAGCACCGCCCUGGCGCUGUUGGGUAACCCGGCGGUGGUGUACCUGGACGAACCGACGACCGGCAUGGAUCCGGGAGCAAAGCGACAGUUUUGGAACGUGAUCUGCAAGAUCCGCAACUCGGGCAAAUCGAUCGUCCUGACGUCGCACAGCAUGGAGGAGUGUGAAGCGCUCUGCACCCGGCUCGCCAUCAUGGUGAACGGCGAGUUCAAGUGUCUCGGCUCGACGCAACACUUGAAGAACAAGUUCUCCGAAGCGUUCCUGCUGACGGUGAAAACGAAGCGCGACCAACCGGAAGCCAUCGGCGCGGUAAAGGCGUUUGUGACGGGCCAGUUUUCGGGAGCCGAUCUCAAGGAAGAGUAUCAGGAUUCGCUGACUUUCCACAUAGCCCGCACGAACCAGCGGUGGUCGGCCAUGUUUGGCCUGAUGGAGUCGGCCAAGGAUCGGCUGGGUAUCGAGGACUACGCCCUCGGGCAAACGACGCUCGAGCAAGUGUUUCUGUUUUUCACCAAAUACCAAAGAAAUUGUGAGUGA